AUGUUUUCUGCCACGUCAUCAUCUUCUUCGAUGCCCCCUUCUUCCUAUAAUUCAUAUGAGAAGCUGCCACGUCAUCACCUCCAUCGUCCGGGGAACAACUCAUUCUAUAUUCCGCUUCAUACUCUUAACUAUUUUCAAUGUGUUAUCCUUCUCUACUUUUUUGUUUUUACUGUUUACUACCACGAUCGUUAUGGAGGGAAAAUUGAAAAUGUUCAAAUCACUUCGGCAGUUUUUGAUUCGAAUUCCAAAGAACUCAUACUCAUUUUUCUAUUUGAUUCUCCUCACACACCGAGAGAACUAUUUUUGGGAUUCGGAUCGAGUGAUGCAGAAACAUUGAGAAAUGAGACGCAGAUUGAAUUGAAACCACCGCCCGGAUUCGCAUCGAAUCGACAGAUUUUUAUGUGGUCUUCAAUUGAAAACGAAAAACCAGAAUCUCUUACCGUAAAUGCUGAACAUCCAAAAUCGUUACUUCUCAGGGAUCACACGGGUCAUCCAUUUUUAGAGUUAUCACUUCAAGAACCAUAUUCUGACUUUCGAGAUGUUGUUAGCUGUUUCAGUCCGAUAUCUGGCGAUUUUGAAAUGGUUUUAACAUCAUUAACUUCGUCAAUAGCAAUGGGUUCAUUCGUGAGCAUUCCAUAUGAAGAACUUACCGGAGAGCUUUAUAAAUUUUUACGGAUAUUUGAGAAAUCUGGGAAUCUCCGACUAACAGCGUUUCCGUUGAUUCGUCAUGAACCACAUCUAGAUUCAACGGAAAACUAUUAUUCGAAAAUGCUGAAACUCAAAACGGAUGUGGCAUUUUUACAUUGUUGGCUGAUGCAUAAAAACCGAGCUAAAUUCAUGGUCUUCCAAAAUUCGGCAGAAAUAGUUCUUCCACUUUCGACAACAUUGGAGAAUCCUGUUUAUAUUUCUGAAUUCACCACGAUGUUCGAAGCACAUCGUGUCGACGGAUAUUCAAUUUUGGAAUAUAAUGCGAGGAUAACAACUGAUAAAAGAUUGGGAGACUUUCUAGAUUUCUCAAUACGACAAGCUAUCGAAUCUUCAAAAAUUGAAGAAUUGAAUGGAAACUCAAGAGCAUUGGUUAUGAAAAUGCACCCCUCAAACUCUCAGAAUCUCUAUCAACGCGGGAAAAUGUAUCCGUUUUUCAAAAAUGUUCCAUCUCCUCCAAAAGUAAUUCCAAAGAAAACAGUGAACAAAAUCAACAGGAUAAUUGAAAUAAUCGAAGAGAAUGACGCUUUUUGGACACUUAUCAAAGAAUGUUCGGAAAAUUCAAAAGUGUGGAAAUGUUCAUCCGGUAAAUGUGUCAGGCCCUCAUUGAGGCAUCAAUCGCUUCAUGGAUGGUAUUCGUAUGAUAUUCAUUUUUCAAUAUUUUUUAAUGUCGAAAGUUUUGAUUGUCCGGAUUGA